AUGGAUAAUAAGAAAUCAAAUGAAGAACUUUUAGGAGAAUUCAAUUCUGCAUCGGUGAGAGAAUGUGCAGCGCGCUGUCAAAGGGAGUGUAGUUUCUAUGGAUUUAAUCCUCAGAUGAAGAAAUGUCGAAACCACAAAAAGAUUUUCACGUCGGGGAUGUCUAAUGAGGGCGGUUGGAGAUACUACUCUCAUGACUUUAUUCCCAUAGAUUGUAAGGAUCUUCGAGCAGAUGGUCACACAAAUUCAGGAGUGUAUGAAAUCUUUCCCUAUGGAACCAUUACCAGUCCUCUCACUGUUUACUGCGACAUGGAGACAAUGGACGGAGGAUGGACGGCAAUCCAAAAACGUGUAGACGGAUCCCUGAGUUUUGACAGGUCCUGGACGGAAUAUAAGAAUGGUUUUGGUUCACCGGAACAGAAUGUAUGGGUUGGAAAUAACGUAAUACAUCAGUUAACAAAGGAAAACAACUCAUUCCUUUAUGUGUCCAUCACUCUCCAGAAUGGUACAAGGCUGUAUGAAAUGUACGAUAGAUUCUCGGUCUCCAAUGAAACAGAGAAAUAUCAACUCUUUCUAGCAGGACCUGCCACGGGAACUUUAGGUGACAGCAUGUUAAACACUGGUUAUUCUUACUUUAAUCUGUCUGGGAUGUCAUUCAGUACACCAGACAGGGAUAACGACAGGAAUCAUGUUAACUGCGCUGCUGACAGUUACUAUAGAGGAGGGUGGUGGUUUAACGCCUGUCGCUACGCCUUCCUUAACGGUCAGUGGUCCCCGGGAGAGUGGGUGUAUCCAUGGUAUCCUACAGUAGAGAGUGGAUCAACUAUCAGGGAGACCAUGAUGAUGAUCAAACGUCACUAG